CCACAACAAACAGACGCCAUAUUGGUUGUUUACCCCUUGAUCCUAGAGAGACCAAGGGAGAGAGACGAGUUAAAGGAAGAUUUCAAUUUACUACUGAACUACAAAGGGAGCGAGGAAUGUGACAAAAAGGGAGCAGCUCUGCUGAAGAACCAGGACAGGGCAGGGAAGGUGAAUGACCCAUCUAUAUUCCCUGACCUCUGCACUUCACACCGCAAGAAUUUGAUGCACAUGUUGAAAAACCAUCAAAAGCUGCAAGACAUCAAAAGGAGAUGCAUCAAGGCAAAGGAAGAGCUGUCGGAGAAUUUGCACGUUAGAUUGAAGUGGAUAAUGUAUAUAGAGAGGCGUCUGUACGAGGCGGACACGCGCGUCCCUAUGCACCAAGAGAGUGUUCGGCGCCUGGCUGGACUCCUGCAGGUGGUGGAGCAGAUUCACCGCGCCCCGAGGGUCUAUGCCGCAGCCGUCACGGAGGUGGCUCGGCGGCACGCCUUCUCCAGGGCCUUCCUGCAGGUUACACAAAGAAAACAUAGAUGAACUGAGAAGACUGCUGCCGGAACUUUCUCACUGUUUGGUCAUUGGUGAGGUUCUGGCGGUUCCUCCUCUGCUUCGCCAUUUCACAGCUGCCCUCAAUACACAGGAGGAGAGGAGGAGGAGGAGGAGGAGGAGGAGGAUGAAGAAGAACGAGGACUAGGAAGACAAGGAGCAGGAGGAGGAGGAGGAGAAAGAGGAGGAGGAGGAAAAGGAAGGCUCUAGGAGAUUACAAGAAAAGACAAGCACACAAGAUUAUGAGAUGAAAGAAGAGGAGGGAGAGGAGGAGGAGGAAGAAGAAGAAGAGGAGGAGGAGGAGGAGGAGGAGAAGAGGGGCUCUAUGAAGACCAAACAGCAUUUUACAGCUCUUCCUGACUACCCAAAGCACAUCAAACUGGACAAGCACAGUUUUGAAGAAGAGGAGGAGGAAGAGGAAGAGGAAGGAGGAGGAGGAGGGUUAGGUGUGGCCCUCCCUCCCCCUCCCACACCACUGCAGUCCCAGCCUCUGAUUGGCCAGCUCUCAGCCAAUCAAGAGAGAGACUUUAUGGCCUUGCAGGUUGAAUUGAGUGAAGCAAGAGUGGAAGUAGAGAGGCUGAGAGACAGACUGGGACAACUUGGUGAUUUGAAGGGACAAGUGAAUGCACUGAGAGAGAAGGUGAAGGUGGAGGGCAGUUCCUACCUGUCGUAUGUGUCUCAGGUGUCGUCGUCAAUCUUGGACUUGAUCUUCCAGAUACAAGACGAGAACACAAGCAAGAGGAAGGAGGAGGAGGAAGAGGAGAGGAAGAGAUCGGACAGCCUUCACCAGCAGCUGACAGAGACCCAACACAAGCUGGCAGACACUCAACACAAGCUGGCAGACACUCAACACAAGCUGGCAGACACACACAGACUGGCUGAUGUUUAUAAAGGCCAGUUGGAAGAUGCUCACAGGGAGAUUGAAGUAUAUAUGGACCAAUUGCAUAGACAAGAACAAAGCCUACAGCAAGCAGCAACAGAAGCAGAGGAAGCAAGACAGAAGAUGGAGGAGGAGAGGAAGAAGGAGGUGGAGGAGGUGGAGGAAAGGUGGAGAGAGAAGAUGAAGCAAGCUACUCUAGAACAUGAACUGGAGAUGGAAGAGUUAAGACAGCAGUUAGGAACAGUGAAGGAGACGCUGGUGGCCGGCCUGGAGGGAAGAGUGGAGGAGAAAGUAAGGGAGCAACUUCAGCAAGAAAAAGAAAGAAUUGUAAAGAUUUUGGAAACAAGUUUUGUAGAGAGGGAAAGAAAUGCACUGGAAAUUUUGAAGGCAGAGCUACUGGAAAGGUUGAGGCAGGAGAAGGAGGAAGCAGUGGAAGAAGAAGGGAACAAGAUCAGAGCUGAGUGGAAGAAAGAUUUGCAUAGGAAAGAAGAAGAAAAGAAGAGAGAAAGACAAGAAUUUCUGGAGAAUGAGAGGAGGGACUGGGAGAAGGAGAAGGAAGAGGAAGUGCAGAGGAAACUUGCUCUUGUGGUGGAGGAAGGCCGAAGGGAACUGGAGGAGGAGAGAAAGAGGCACAGGCUGGAAGUUGAAAGCAUAAGGUCUAGAUUUAGAAUGAUGACAACGACGACAGCCACCACCAGCACCUCCCCCACUAGCAUGCCUUUCUCUUCAAGUCCCAGCGAGGAGCACCCGCCCUCCUCCCCACCCUCGUCUCUCAACAGAUGGGAGGGCCUGGACAGACUGAGAGAGGAACUGAUGAAAGAGAGAGAGAUAGAGAUUGAAGAGAGAAUUGCAAGUAUAAGAGAGGAAGAAAGGAGGAAACUAGAUGACGAAAAACAGAUGGAGUUUGCAGAAGCGGUGAAAGCUUUGGCACAGGACAAGGAAAGGGUUAUUGAAGAUUUAAAGAUUAGGAUUCAGCUUCUAACAGAUGAAUGUGACAGAAGAAGAGGAGGAGGAGGAGGAGGAGGAGGAGGAGGAAGAGAGGAGGAGGAAGGGAGAAAUGUUGGAGGACAGAUAUUGCAAGAAAAUGUUGAAUUGAAGAAUGAGAUUGCCUCACUGCAGAAACAAGUCAGAAAUUUGGAAAUUGAACUGGCAAGAGCAAAACGGUUUUCAUUUGUGACACAGCAGAGCACCACCGCCACCACCACCACCACCACCACCGCUGCUGCUGCUGCUGCCAUCGACAUGACAGCCUCCACAGCCUCAACGACUGUUAAUGAAGACACAAGAGAGAAUUUGCCACACCAGGCCAGCCCACUCCUGUCUCAUGGUACCAUCACCUUUAAUUCCUGGCUGACUGGGGACACUGUUGGUGGUUUGGGAUGCAAUACAUGGCCACUACAGUGUUCAUUUUGAAACCGUUCAUGCUGAGGAGGGUGAAAACUGAGGUGGAAAAUGAAUAAACUUACAAAAUUGAGACACGCAUAGAAAGACGGCGCCAUUUGCAUCAGCUGAUGAGGCCCAGACCGAGACCCAAACAUUCUCUCCAGUGCGGUUCCUGCAGCCUGUGUGAUGUGAUUAUUCAUAUUUUUGCCUACCUACACACCUGGCCGGCACUCCCACAGCGUGUAUAGAGACUCAGGCAUGUCACAGCAGGGGGCAUCUGGCACUGGAAGGCACCACACUUUUGGAAUGUCAGCGAGUGGUUUAGAGGAGUGAGAGAGAGAGAGAGAGAGAGAGAGAGAGAGAGAGAGAGAGAGAGAGAGAGAGAGAGAGAGUCCGUGAAAUACAACUACAUACAUUGCUGCCUUACAAACACCACCACUACCUCUACCUCCACCUCCACCUCCACCUCCACCACCACCUCCUCCUCCUCCUCCUCCUCCACAGUGCAGUCAGCCUCCAAGGGGACAUAGCUCCACAUACAGAACCAAAUGUGGAUGAAGUGGAGAGAAUCCGUUCAAAUUUACAGCAGAUGGAUAGAUUCCUUGGUCCUUAUCCACAUGAGUCCUGGAAGAAGUGGAUCUCUCUCACUCAGCACGUGGAGGAGACAGAACUGAAGUGGAUGAUCCUGCUGUCAGGCCGGACAGCUUAGUGGCAGAGCUCCAGGUGGCCUUCGUCAGCUUCUUGGUGGCACAGGUGUGGGAUGGCUGGGACCAGUGGAGGUGUGUGGAGGAGCAUCUGUGCCAGGCAGAGAUCCCUGAAGACCUAUUCAUCAACAUUGUAGUCCAACAACUUCCUUGCCUCUGCACUCAACGCUCUCUUCACCAACAUCAAGGACAACUCCGCCAACCUGCCUUGGUCCUUAAGGCUCAGCACUUCAAGGACCACCUCUCUGCCAAGUUCGAGUGGGAUCUGACACUUGGGGACGAGAGAGUACACACUGGUGGUGGUUGACUUGGUUGUGCGCGUCUCCAGCACCCUGCAGUACGUACACACACACAGACAGACAGACGGACAUCAUCAGAGGAAGAAAAUGCUAUGUUCUGUAAAAGUUUAUAAGACAUUAAGAAAAUAAAGGGUUAAGAUUCAA